GCCAUGUAUACAGGAUGUAUAAAAACGAGGACUGAAUCGUUGAACAACAAUAAUUUUGCAUUUCCAUCGCCGACAGUGGAGGCCACUGUAGAAGAAGGCACGAGAAAGCUAUUGGUUGAUAUUCUGUAACUGACGCGAGGACACAGCAGGUGUGUUAGGAUGUCCCUCCUCCCGUACAACACCAAGAGGUGUUACCUGGUCCACCGGCGCCGUGGACGAACAUUCUACCUGUCACCUGGGAAGCGGGGCGACAAAGUCACCGCCAAACGGACGGCGGCUGCGGUCCUCCUGCACACCUACAGGUCGACAGAAACGGAGGUUGAGGUGAUGCUUGAGUUUGGAAACGGUGCGGCAGUCGCGGCAAACUUUCAUCAGCCGCAUCUGCCCCUCACACUGACUAGAGACGUGGAUGAAGUUGACGGAGCGGCCCCGCCUCCAGCCUGCCUGUUUAACCUGGAGCCUGCCUGGGGCAACAUGUAUCGUCUGCGGUCCUCUCAGGACACGAGCUAUUACGUCACCAUCCGACAGAACGUCGCCGUUCUGUGCAAGAGAGAUGACCCGAAUGUGAGGGAGAGAGACCAGAUGUUCAGAAUCUACGACCCGUAGUCAGGAUUUUGCUUGGGGGGCGAGUUUCCUAGGACAUGCUCCCCUGGAACAUUUUGAAAAUUGAACCUUCUAAAAUUCCAUUUCCUGCGUUUUCGCAUCGAGAGGAUUGCAAAGGAAAAACCAGAGUUAACUUUUAAUAUUCAAUGACAAAGUGAGCCGUUUUUCUAGAAUUACAGCUCCACUGGUGAUACAAAUCAGUCAAAAAGUGGACCUUUGAGCCUUGUGGGGGGUUCUUCCGAACCCCCUGGCUACGGCCAUGGAAGUGUCAUGGACAGUUUAUUUUUGUUGCCGUAUACAACAUUAUCAUUAUAUGGAUUGAUCAGAUUUAUAGCAGUUGACUACAUGUACUUGUCAACAAGAGACGGACUACACGUGACUCGAGCUGGUCUUUUGCUGUAACAGUUGUAUAAAAAUGUUUUUCUGACGUGCUGUUCAAAGGUGGGUUUUUAGGCUUCAGAACUGGUGUAUCGAACAAUACUAUGUCGAUAUCAAGAAACAUUAUGAUAUCCAAAAACAGUAUGUGUACGUUUACAACAACGGCUAGUUGACUGUCCGUCAUGCGCUAGUGAUUUUUUUUAAGAAAGGGUUGAAAAAAAAGUGAUUUUUGUGAAAACCUAAAUAGUAUUAUUAAGUAGAAACCAUUUCCUUGUGUGUAAUAUGAACCCCAAAUGCCAAAGGGGAAGAGGAAAAUAUUAAGGAAGUGAUACUGUGACAUCAUGUGACCGAAAACUCAGUUUGCUGAUGUUCAUUUGAUAAUGUUAACUGUUUCACUGCCUAUAUAGAAACGCUGUUUUUCGUGUUGUAUGAAACAACGUCCAUCGUGUUCUAGAUAGAAAAACUGGACGAGAUUGCCGUAUUUCUGUUGCUCGCAUCUAUUCUGAAAUACACUUGUGUCAACUUGUGUGAUAUUGUGGCGAUAAGAUAAGUAACGGUUAACCAAGAUACUAGUUUUGUCAUUUGAAUAGAAGCAACAUAU